UCCUGCGAGAAGAGCAUGGUCCGUGGAGGGCUGCGUUCACCAGGCAGUUACUCCGGAACUGUUGCCUUGACGACACGCAUUCGCGCAUGCGCGUAGGUGACAUCAGGAGUGUGCCAGUAUCGCGUUGCGAGUACCAGUUGCGUUCGCCACCCUUGUUUCCACUACCACCGCUACCACCACUUUUCCUCGCCUCUAUUGCUAUCCAUUGGAACCACUACCAUCUUCGCUACCACCACCGCUAAUAUUUCACCACCGUUGCCACUACCGCCACCGCCACCACCGCCACUAUUUCCAUCAUUAUCAUCAUCUGUAUUUACCACCACCAUCGUCAUCACUUGUCAUCGUUACCACCACCGCUGCUGCUGCUGCUGACGCCUCGCCGUCAUAGUUGCUGUCGUUGUUAUUGUUGAUUUUACGUCGAUACUAUGGAACGUGUUUCUCCUGUGUAACCGUUCCUAUUAGUCGUGAUUAUCUCCAAAUGAUUUUACGUAUCCAUUAAUUGGUUCGUUCCUCUUUGUCGCUCUUUUAACUAUGUUAUUAAAAAUAGACCGAAGAGGAAAAGAGUAACGACGCGUUAACGAAAGCGUGUGCUAUUAUUAACUAAGAAGGUUGUUUGAUCGAGUCGAUUUGUACCGGUGGACUGUCAUCGCCCAUGCAUGUUUCACCGUCGUCGUCAUCGUCAUCAUCAUCGUGGUCGUGGUCGUGGUGGUGGUGGUGGUCGUCGCCGCCGUGCUCCUUUCGAUACGGUAGUGGUUAAAAUCCAUUAAACCUUACGGCACCUCUUCGAGACUACCCUUCAACUUCCUCAUGGUAAUCGCAUAAUUCGACCUUCGUUUCUCUCUUUCGGUGUUUUCUCUUUCUCCGGCUCCACCUCCACUACUACCACCACCACUACCACCACCUCCACCUUCAUCUCCACCUCCAUCUCCUCCUCUUGCUCCUACCCCUUGUGAUUCCUCUCCUACGCCGUCGCGUUCUCCACCUCUUCCUCUUCGUUCGCCGCGUUUCGCUACUACGAGUGUUCGGUUGUCAUGCGUCGACGGUGUUCGUGAUAAGACGCGACCGUAUCAACCGAUCAGCGAUCGAUCUGUCAAUGUUUCGUUGCUUGUAACUUAUUCGACCGCUAGUGAUUUUGGAACGGAAGCUUUUGCUAAAUAUCGUUCGUUGAUCGUUGAUCGUUUAUCGAUAAUGCGGCUAUUGUCAAGUGUUGACAUAUGACAUCCAGUUGAUUUCGUUUUUUUUUAAAAGAAGAUUCGUUCGCAUCCGUUUCGAGGAUAUUCGAGGAUAUUCGAGGAAUCUAGUUGAACAAGUGAGUUGAGGUGAAUCGAUCGAGAACAUAACAGUGGAAUCGUAAAUUUGGCGCUCAUCGAUGUUCGAUCGUGAAAGCGAUUCGAGAAAAAAUCAAACACCGGAAUACUGGAGAAUAUCGAUGACGCGGUGAAUCGCAAACAAUAUUCAUGUCCCGCUAUCGCCGCGGAACCUGCCGCUGUAGCUUGGCUUUGGAAAGAGCAGCGGCAGGUCGACGUCGUCUUCGUUCGCGGUUCUUUCGACAAGCAUGACGCAUGUUGUACGAAAGCAGAAAAUCAAAGCGAAUAGGUCCACCUACGUAGUUCGUUUGAACGAAUGGUGCAGGAAGAGAUCGUGAAAUCGAAAGAUCUGUCGGUACACGUCAACGAAAGAAGAAGAUCAAAAAAAGGAAGAAAGGAGGACAAGUUUGACGAUGUCGCAAAUUUCUUCGUUAAGCGUUGCGCGACGCGAUCAUUCGUUGCUCGUAGGACGCGAGACUUUUAGGAUUGUCUGCUUUCGAAGAAAAUAAAUAUUCGAAAAAUUUAUUUGUUCGCGGACCAAAGAAGGAUAUCGAGAAAAUUAGGAUGGCAUCGUUGAAGGAGCAUUGAAACGGUGCGGUGUAGACGAGUGACGAUUCGCGUUUCUUUACUAAACACGUGUAUAGCGUGAGAUAUUGGACGUGAAACAUGGUCCCGCGUUUCAUUACCCGAAACGGUCGUCAAGCUAGUCGAUUCGCGGCGAAAAUCGACGGAAAAGAGGUUAUUUUGUGUUCCAUAAUGCGUUGCGAUUGUAAAGCUGGACGGUAAUUGAAAAAAUAAAGUUGAUCGAGUGUUUGGUUGUUUAAGCACAACAUUGUUAACGUUAUCCAGCCGCAAAUUUCAGUUUGAUCUCUUGACCAAACGGAGUCGCACGAACUGCGACGUAGGUGGUUGUAGAAACCGAACGAAUGAAAUACUAAAGGGAAGAAAAGUUGAGCUAAAGAAGAAGAUUUGUGGAAGUGUGACGAAACAUAAAAGUAGUGAUCGUUGAAGGAUAAACAAGAAAUAGGAAGUAGGAAGUAGGAAGUAGGAAGAAACGAAGGAAGGAAAGAACGAAGAAGGAAGAACGGAAGGAAGGAAGCUGGUGGUCGCGAGUUGAAUGGUUCCGCGAGGGUUAACCGUUGGGAGGUCGAUUUGGGAGCAAGCAGUGCUAGAGGCAGGGCCUGAGGUAGGGCCAGAGCCGGAGCAGCAACGUUUCUACGAUUCUCCGCCACCACGGAUGGACGUGAGCGUGUGCUGCUUGCCCGCCAGUGCCGGCUCGGGGGCCCAGCACCCUCAUCCAGCGAGUUUGCCUUCCGGCGGACAGCCGACGAUUCAGCCACCCUAUCAGUAUGCCGAUCAGAUAGUACCGGAUCGGGGUCAACCCGACGGAUUGCCGGUACUCGGCUGUACCGGUCAGGACAACUGGCAACAGAUCUCCGCGACCAAUGUCGCCGGCGCUGUCACCGCCGCCACCACCACAACCACCUACAUCGAUUACUCCUGGCUGCAAAUGCAGCAGACCUCGGAGCUGGACACGUUGUUGUGCAGACAGGACCUCGAUCGGUUGCAGAAGCUCGACGAAGAUGACCCGGAAAAGGACUCGAGAGAGUCUUCGGUGCAGAUGGAGGAUUUUUUCGAGGUCGGAGGGCCAGUUUGUCGACCGCAAGCAAGUUUCGUUUCGUCGAGGAGUCAACCGGCUGGCAACGACGACGACGUGUUCCUCAGGCCUCCGCUCUGGGAGGACAUUACUUCGAGUAUCCAAAAGUUGGAUCCGGAGAACGCGGACAUGUUGGCUUCGCAGUCGCAUGUCAAGAUGGAGACGGAGGAUGUCGCGUCCCCUGUAUUGUCCCCGGUUGAGAUUAAAACCGAACCGUUGCCACCGCCCCCGACGUUGCACCUUCUCGAAGGGCCCACCUCGAAUUCGGUACAAACUUACGUAAACGGUCAUGCUCCAGCCUCGACGGACCCUCAAGUUGUUCACCAUCGAACCACGACCACCGCCUACAAAACCUUUUCAUCCAACAACAACAACAACAAUAACAACAACAACAACGCCAAUAAUAAUAACAACAACAAUACAACCACGAACAAUAACAACACGGUCAGCGUGAACAACAACGGUAACGGGCAGGGGCAUGGGCACGGACACGGACACGGGCAUGGUCAUGGGCACGGGAACAACAAUAACGCCGGUAACGGUAACAAUAACAAUAGUAACAGUAACAACAACAAUGGCGGUAAUAACGGUAGCAACAACAGCAACAACGAUUCGACGAAUAGUCACGGGAAUCAAAUCGGAGGCACAGCGACUUCGCCGCUCUACGGCUCGAUGACCAGGCUGAUGUAUAUUUCCCCAUUGACGCCGCCAAUAUCCGAUCCUGGAUCCCCGAUAGGAGCACCACCGAGACGGACACCGCCUCCACCCUAUCCACAGCCUUCCAUUAUGAAUCCUUCUCACAGGAUUCAACCUUCGCCCAUCUCCACCAAAUUCAACAGACGGAACAAUCCCGAGCUCGAGAAGCGACGAGUCCACCACUGUGAUUUUAUAGGUUGUACAAAGGUCUACACGAAGAGUUCGCACUUGAAGGCGCACCAACGGAUACACACAGGUGAAAAACCGUACCAGUGUCAGUGGCCGGAAUGCGAAUGGCGGUUCGCCAGAAGCGACGAAUUGACUCGUCACUAUCGGAAACAUACUGGCGCGAAACCCUUCAAGUGUGCCGUUUGCGAGCGUUCCUUCGCUAGAAGCGACCAUCUCGCUCUGCACAUGAAACGGCAUCUUCCGAAACAGCACGCCAAGUGAGCGUACUGCUUCAUCAACUCCCUCCCUAUUUCCUUUGGAACUCUUGUUCGCGUCACCAGUUCCCUUCAUCUUCCACGUCGAACCGUCUCUCUCGACGAGGCCUUUAGACUUUUCCAGCUCGUUACUAGGUAUCUUGGAAGGAACCUGCGAGUCGACACUCCAAAAAGCUCCACGAACGCGUAAACGCUCUUUAGCUACUCUAACAUAUGUACUUAACCGCCUGUGACCGAUUCGUUCACGGCACGGUUUUAUGGAGGAUAGUUUGUCGAACAAGAGCGCUAAUCGCAUCUCUCGAUAGACGAUCGUUCGAUAGUUCGCUUAGAAAUUUCGUUACACGUUUAACGAAACACGCACGUAAAACGAUUGCGAUCAUAGUGGCUGGACCACUAAACGAAUUCUUAAACGUUUCACUGCUGCUCGAUGAUUUUUCUUCGCGUCGUUUUUAAUCCUUUUUUGAAGCAAACGAAAGAACGUAUAGGGUACAAUAUUCUCGUUGCUCGCGAAAAUUUUCAUAGCAACGAUGUAACUCCGUUAAAUGGCGAGCUUUUGUUCGUUAGUUGGUAGAAAAGAGAAAAGACUAAAGAAAUAAACAAAAGUAUCGAAGCAAACGCGUGUGUCGUUGUACAUUUAACGGUUUGUAUUUACGAUAAAAUAUGCGAAAAUCAGAACAAGCGUUAUAUGUAAAUCGUUGUACUACUCGUUUCAUAGAGUUUUUCCAAGUAACUUAUCAAAGUAUUUAUCUAGAGUAGUGCGGGAGAGAAUUCCUCUUACUUAGAAAUUUCCAAAAAUGUCCGCAGGAAUAUUUGUAUCCGUGGUAGGUAGUUGUUCAAUUUUCGACGGAUAAUCGAAAGUCGACGAAGAUGAAACGCGAAAACGAGGUAUGCUUUUGGUUGGCAAUGUCGUUCGCUGAAAGCGAGACGCGAGGAAAAGCAUCAUCAUUCUUAUUCGGUUCGCGUUCGUUAGCUCGAAAGUUUUCGACAAUCCAAUUCAACUGCUUAACAGAGAUGUUUCCUUCGGUUUCGUGCCCAAUUAUUCGCCUUCCAAUUGACUCUUCUUCUUUCCAAUCUCUCUUUGUCGCACGCGUAAAGCGUGUAUGCGAAAUUGUCAAGUAAAAAGUAAAUCGAACGCGUUUCAUUUUCUGCCAGAAUCGGAACAUUGUGACGAAAGUGUGUUAACUUUCGAGAAAACGUGAGUAGGUUUAAGGAAAAUGUAUCGUUACCACCACACACUUGUCAGUGAUUAACGUUAAAAAUUCCCACCUUUAUCUAAUUCUGUAAUCGUGGAUUUACGUGUACGCUUCCAAAAGAGUACGAAAAUAUAAAAAAAAGUAGCCAGUUAUUAAGCGUGUGUAAAAACUGUUGCGAAUACAAUGGUAUUUCUUUCGUGAUAUCGAAGAGACUAGAAUCAUGUAGUCCAGUAAUGUAGACACGGUUGAUUUUCCGAGAGAAGCGUUCUUUACAUGUAGUUAAUGUAACAAUAUGCUUGUACGAUAUUCGAUUUAAAUAUUUAAAUCGACGCUCCACCUGGUCCGUCGGCAUAGUAUUUCAUUCGGUAUCUUAUUCGCCUUUUGAAGAAAACAAAAAGAGUAGUCCGCAUAAUAUAUUAGCGAUAAGCGAGAAAACAGCGAUUAGACACUUGCGAUUAGUCGUGAGUUAGGAAUGAAAAGUAAACCCUUUUAACUCUCUCUCUUUCUUCUCCUCACCCCAACCCUCUCUCCUUCACUCUCUUUUCAACUUCUUCUUGUUUUCUAUGUUUUUCAUCGUGUUGUUUUUUUUUUAUAGCAUGGAAAAAAACGAUCUAAAUGGUUGAACACGCGCUAAAAACCAAAACAUGCGCAUGCGUGCGCAUGAGUGCGAUUGCGUGCGCAUGCGCCUUACACACCACGUAAUACAACUUGUUGGCAAAUCUGGAAAAAUGACAAAACGUGUCAUUUCCGAUGAUACAACUUAUCGUUGUGUUCCGAUUCACUAUCUUCUACUAUCGAAACACAUCAAAGUAAAUUUCCUUUGACUAUUAAUUCGAAAUGGUUACGAUUUCAUCCGAAAUUCAGCUGGAAGCUUCUGGCGCAUCCGUCGUACUUCCAUUCGUAGAAUUGCGCGCGCAUUUUACUUAAUCGUCACUCAUUCGUAGUUAGUUUUUUUGCUUUCUACUCCUUCGAGAUAAAGGGUUAAACACGCUUGACGAUUUUCCUCUGGUCCGUAUUACCUCAUUCGUUUCGACACUUCCUCUCAACCUUCGAUUCUCGAUCAAUUCGUCCGACAAGUUUACGCAGAUAUACCUCAUUUAUCGAAAUAAACAAUUAAACGCUGUUGCGACGAAAUUUUCACGCACUUUCUUGCACGAUUUUCUACAAUUUUGUUCAUAAUGUUUAUAAAAAUCUUGUAAUUUGUGUGUUGUGUAAUUUAAAUGUACAAUGAUAUAAACGUAUUAUACAUAUUAUCA